GAAGUUUGAACUGCAAAGUAAGAGACGUGUGUUCAUGUCUUUUGUCUUGUAAAAAUUUGUUUUCGCUGUUUGAAAAGAGUUUUUGUAAUUUAAGAAUGCCGACAUAUCACAAACCCGAGGCUAAAUCUAUCCAGGAGUUGAAGGAUAUUGCGCACAAGUUACGCAUUCAUUCCAUCACUUCAACUCAGGCUUCGAAAUCUGGUCACCCUACAUCAUGUGCUUCAAUUGCAGAAAUCAUCUCUGUCCUGUUUUUCAACACGAUGCGUUACAAGAUCUCCGCUCCGCGGGAUCCCUCAUCGGAUCGAUUUAUUUUGUCCAAAGGGCAUGCGGCGCCGAUUUUAUAUGCAGCUUGGGCUGAAGCUGGGUUAUUCCCAGUUAAUGAACUUCUUAAUUUACGUAAGGUUGAUUCAGAUCUGGAGGGUCACCCGACUCCGAGGCUGAACUUUGUUGAUGUUGGAACAGGUUCACUUGGACAAGGUGUGGCUGUAGGAUGUGGGAUGGCUUAUGUAGGAAAAGUUAUAGACAAGACGGAUUACCGAACCUACGUAUUGGUUGGCGAUGGUGAAUCUGCGGAAGGAUCAAUAUGGGAAUCCCUACAUUUUGCUGGACAUUAUAAAUUAGAUAAUCUUUGCGUUAUUUUUGAUGUUAAUCGUUUGGGGCAAUCUGAACCGACCUCAUUGCAACAUCGAAUGGAAGUCUAUCGCAAGAGGUUAGAAGCGUUUGGAUUUAACGCAAUCGUUGUUGACGGUCAUGACGUAGAAGAACUUUGUAAGGCAUUUUUCGAAGCAUCAAUUACGCAAGAUCGUCCAACUGCUGUUAUUGCAAAGACGUUCAAAGGCAAGUACUUUCCGAAUAUCGAGGAUUUAGAGAAUUGGCAUGGUAAGCCAUUGGGUGAAGAUGCGACAACUGUAAUUGAACAUCUACAGUCAUUGAUUCACAAUGCUGGUCCAAUAACUAUUACCCCUCAUUCACCACAGAAGGACAGCACUAAAAUAGUAAACAUAAACAACAUUAAGCUUGCCACUCCUCCAGCCUACAAGCUUGGAGAAAGCGUUGCUACACGUUUAGCUUAUGGGUCAGCAUUAGCUAAGAUUGCAAUGAACAAUGACCGAGUUAUCGCUUUGGAUGGGGACACGAAAAAUUCCACGUUCUCCGACAAGCUCCGCAAAGCUUUUCCCGAACGUUUUAUUGAAUGUUUCAUUGCCGAACAAAAUUUGGUGGGUGUUGCAAUUGGGGCGGCUUGUCGCGAUCGCACCGUGGCAUUCGUAUCGACAUUCGCGACUUUUUUCACUCGUGCGUUUGAUCAAAUCCGAAUGGGUGCCAUUUCUCAAACAAAUGUAAAUUUUGUGGGAUCGCACUGUGGUGUCAGCAUUGGCGAGGACGGUCCCAGUCAAAUGGGAUUGGAAGAUAUUGCCAUGUUCAGAGCCAUUCCAGGAAGCACUGUUUUUUAUCCGUCGGACGCUGUCAGUACCGAGCGUGCUGUUGAGCUGGCGGCCAACACUAAGGGCGUUUGUUUUAUUCGCACUUCACGGCCAAACACUGCUGUUAUUUAUAACAAUGAUGAUGCUUUUGAGGUUGGCAAAGCGAGGAUUGUAAAACGAUCGGGAAACGACGUUGUCUUGCUAGUUGGAGCAGGAGUUACAUUAUACGAAGCUCUCAAUGCAGCCAAUGAACUGGAGAAGAAUGGCAUUUACGCACGUGUGCUGGAUCCGUUCACUGUGAAACCUUUGGACAAGGAAACCAUUGUGGAAAAUGCAAUUCAGUGUGGUGGCCGCAUUGUUGUUAUAGAAGACCAUUAUAAACAAGGGGGCUUAGGCGAAGCGGUACUUUCCGCUGUUGCAGAUCAGCGAAAUAUACUCGUUGAGCACUUGGGAAUUGAGAAAAUACCUCGUUCUGGUCCACCAUCAAUUUUAAUAGAUAUGUUUGGUAUUUCGGCGCGCUGCAUUGUAGCUGCUGUCAAUAAAAUCCGGAAAUUGUAGAUUAAACGACGAAGCAGGACAUUCAUGUGUGAAUCGGGAGAGUGGCUUAGAACGUUCAGAAAAAUAUAUUAUUAGCUUUUUGUUCAAACAUACAUUCCUUUUUAAAAUUUAUUAUUGCCAUUUUGUAAUGCUUACUUUUCUCGGUAUAGAUUAGAGAUUACUAUAGCCGUGGGUACGUUUACUUAUUUUCAUAUAUAUAAAAAAAAUUACUUAUGCAAAUGGGUCUAUUACAUCAAUAAAAUGGGCAACCGUAUUAAUAAACAUCUAUUUACGUUGGCAUGAA